UAUGCAAACAUAAAUUUAGCAGCAACGUGUUCGCCGGGGGAACAAAAUAUCUGGAAGCGACGGUGAAGUGUCAUGUCGUCUCCGGCCGUUCUUGGCUGACUUUUACCCUCUUGUCUGUGUGUGUAGAGCGGAGAGCCCGGGGCUGGAGCUGGAGCGCAGCGCGGAGAAGAGGAGCAGACCUCAGCGGUGACUGGACAGACCGGGGCAGACGGACAGGGAGCGGGCAAAUAGAAGUGUCGCUGUUCAGUUUGAAACUUUGUUGGCUUAUUCAGUGUCAGAGAUGACAGGGGGCUGCUGGUGGACGGCUGGACUGCUUCUUGUCGCUGUUUAUGUGAAGGUUGCUGUAUUGACCAGUGAUGGAGACGCUGUAUUCAUCAGGGAAUUCACUCUGAUUCGACGAGACCACCUUCCAGAGGAGCCUCUUCAUGACAGCAGCCAGAAACCAGAGGACUCUAGCUCACGGACAGCUCGGUCAGAAGAGGACAGAGACACCCUGUGGGACGCCUGGGGCUCAUGGAGUGAAUGCUCUCGUACCUGUGGAGGAGGCGCCUCAUACUCACUCAGACGAUGCCUCAGUUCAAAGACCUGUGAAGGGCAGAACAUCAAGUAUCGCACAUGCAGCAAUGUGGAUUGCCCUCCAGAUGUCGGUGAUUUCCGCGCCCAGCAGUGUUCAGCUCACGCAGAUGUGCGAUACCAGGGUCAGUACCAUGAAUGGCUGCCUGUGUACAAUGACCCGGACAACCCCUGUGCUCUCAAAUGCAAAGCCAAGGACUCUGGCCUCUUGGUGGAGCUGGCGCCUAAGGUGCUGGAUGGGACUCGCUGUUACACUGAGUCCUUGGACAUGUGCAUCAGCGGAAUCUGCCAGAUCGUAGGUUGUGAUCAUGAGCUGGGGAGCACAGCAAAGGAGGACAACUGUGGCGUCUGUAACGGAGAUGGCUCAUCCUGCAGGCUGGUGCGGGGACACUACAAAUCCCAGCAUGCUUCAGGAAAAACUGAGGACACGAUUGUUGUUAUCCCCUACAAGAGUCGUCAUGUGCGUCUAGUCCUGAAAGGCCCGGAUCACUUGUACGUGGAGAGUAAGACUUUACAAGGGAUAAGAGAUGAACUGAUCUUGGAUUUAUCAGGGCAGUACCACCUGGAGAACACCACUGUGGACUUCCAGAAACUGUCAGAUAAGGAGGUUCUGAGAAUUACAGGGCCACUCGGAGCUGACUUCACUGUCAAAGUGCAGUAUGCCAGUGGAGCAGACAGUGUGGUCCAGUACAUCUACUACCAACCAAUCGUCCAUCGCUGGAGAGAGACUGACUUCUUCCCUUGCUCUGUCACAUGUGGUGGAGGGUACCAGCUUACCUCUGCUGAGUGUUUUGACCUCCGAAGCGGACGUGUGGUUGUUGAUCAAUAUUGCCAUUAUUACCCAGAGAACAUCAAACCAAAACCCAAACUUCAGGAGUGCAACAUGGAUCCCUGCUUGGCCAGUGACGGCUACAAGCAAAUCAUGCCAUAUGACCUCUACCACCCACUGCCGCGAUGGGAGAGCAGCCCCUGGACCGCCUGCUCCACUUCCUGUGGCGGAGGCAUCCAGAGCCGAUCAGUUUCCUGCGUGGAGGAAGACAUGCAAGGAACCAUCACUGCUACAGAGGAAUGGAAGUGUCUCUAUUCCCCAAAGACGGCCAUCCUGCAGCCCUGCAACACCUUUGACUGCCCAACAUGGCUGGCACAAGAGUGGUCACCUUGCACCGUGACCUGUGGUCAGGGUCUGCGCUACAGGGUGGUGCUGUGUAUUGAUCACAGAGGACUCCACGCUGGAGGAUGUAACCCCACCACCAAACCUCACAUCAAGGAGGAGUGUCUGGUAACUGUGCCCUGUUACAAGCCCAUAGAUACACUGCCAGUUGAGGCCAAACCUGUGUGGCAUAAGCAGGCCAUAGAACUGGAAGAGGAGAUCAAUGUAUCUGAGGAGCCAAGCUUCAUUCCCGGCCCCUGGCAGGCCUGCAGCAGGACAUGUGGCGCCGGGACUCAGAAACGGACCGUCAAGUGCCAAGUGCUGCUGUCCUUCUCCCAGACUGUGGCUGACCUGCCUGAUGACGAAUGUGAAGGGAUCAAACCUGCUACCAGUCAGCCCUGCUAUCGUACUCCAUGCUCUGGCAAAAGGAAAGAAGAUGAUAAAGUGAGGGAGGGGGAGGAGGAGGGGGAGACACCUGGAAGAGAGGAACUGCAUGACUGGGAAUAUGAGGGAUUUACAGAGUGCUCAGAGAGCUGUGGAGGAGGUGUCCAGGAGGCUGUUGUCAUCUGCUUGAACAAGCAGACCAGGGAGGCAGCAGACCAGAGCCUGUGUGUGAGCUCCCGUCGGCCCCCGCAACUCCUUCAAGACUGCAGAACUCAGCCCUGCCCACCCAGGUGGGAAACUGGAGAUUGGAGUUCAUGCUCUGCUACCUGUGGGGUUGGCCUGAUGACCCGAACUGUGGCAUGCACACACCAGCCCUCUCGAGAUAGCAAUCAUACCAAAGUUUUGAGAGAUGAAGACUGUCAGAAUCCUAAACCCAGUCCUUUACAAGCCUGCAACCGCUUCGACUGUCCUCCUAUGUGGGACACACGUGACUGGCGACAGUGCUCCCAAAGCUGUGGCGGUGGAUUUCAAAGGAGGCAAGUCCUGUGCAAACAGCGGUUAGCUGAUGGAAGUAUCCUGGAGCUGCCGGACACGUUUUGCCCUUCCAAGAGCCCCACAAACCAGCAGCCCUGUGCCAAGAAAGAGUGCCCAGCCCAAUGGGUCACAACCAGCUGGUCCCAGUGUUCAGUGACUUGUGGAAAUGGCAUCCAGAGACUACAAGCAGUCUGCAGAAAACAAAACGAAGAUGGGGCCCAUUGGAUUGUUGACGCUGGGAACUGUUCCAUGACAGCCCGACCCACCAAAAUCCGUCCGUGCUCCCUCAGGCCCUGUGAGAACUCCGUCAAGCCUGUUCCCACCAUACUGUCCCAGAAAAAAGUGUAUAUCCAGUGGAGGAAGGGCAAGAAAUUACACCUGGUUGUGGGAGGUUAUGGCUACCUGCUUCCCUGGACAACUGUGGUCCUUCGCUGUCCAACCCGACACUUCCGCAGGGGCCACAUCCGAUGGCUGAAGGAAGGAAAGCCCUUGAUUGGCUUCCCACACCUCUCUGUGACAUCCCAAGGAUACAUGAAGAUUCAACAGGUCCGUCCAUCUGAUGCUGGGAUUUACACGUGCAUUGCAGGUCAGGCACAUGAACAUUUUGUGCUACAGCUCAUCGGCAGCAAGAAGAAGCUGACUCUUCCAGAGACGUUGCUUCUCACAGGCAAACAAAAAGUUGGACGCCUGGACGUGUCCUCAACAGGAGAUAGAUUUCAGAAGCUUCCCAUCCCCCUUAACCAGUAUGACAACAUUGUGGAGCGAUUGCUUGAACUCAGAGGAAAUCUCCCAGAUGAAAAAGACAUUGCUGAAAAACUGCACUCAAGUGAAAAGAACAGGUCAACCAAGGAGGAGGAGAAAGUAAACUCAGAACUUUUAAACCACAUUGUACUUAUCGCAGACACCCAAAGGCUAGAUGAGAUCUUGAACAACCUGUCUGAUGGCCUUAGAGGACCGUUUGAGGAACAACUCAUCACACAGUUACUCACUGAGCUCACGAUGACUCAAGUUGAAACCAAUGAGUCCACACUUCAUCCUCCAGAAACAGCAGAAUCCUCCACGCAGCAGCCUGUUCUCUACAAACCUAACAGCAAAACCCAGACGUCCAGGCCAAGGAGCCCAGUGAUAAUCCAACGGCCGAGGAAGGCUGGAGUGCUGCCAUCAUCUGAAAUGAUUGUUUAUGUGGGAGUCCCAGUUUUGCUGCAGAGACCUGUUGCGAGUUUGGAACUAAGGUGUGAGACCCUGGGUAUCCCUGAACCAUCCCUAAAAUGGACAAGGAAUGCAAAAGACUUACAGUACAAUAGCAGAGUAGGCCUCUUACCCACUGGUGCACUGAGGAUCCAGUCUCCAACCAAGGCAGAUGAGGGUCUCUACACCUGCACUGCUCGGAACCGUGUUGGAUCUACGUCACUGUCAUCAUGGCUGCAGAUAACAGGGAACAAAGGAAGAAACUGUGUCCAAGGAAACAGCAUGGGAGUGAAUGGCCGUGUUUGCUCUGAGAGGAGCAAUGGCAGCCAGUCAGCUGAUCCUUGUCACAGACAAGCCUGCCCCCUCAGGUGGCGAGUGGAUCCUUGGUCAUCUUGCUCUGCCACCUGUGGAGGAGGGUCCCAGACCAGGAGUGUCCGCUGCAUGAAAGGUCCCGAGGGCCGAUCGAGGGAGGUGGAGAGCCAACUUUGCCUAAGCUCCGGGAGAAGGCCAACUAAUAGCAGGACAUGCAACGUGCAGCCCUGUGCAAGAUGGGCAUCCACCUCCUGGGGACUAUGUCACGGUCAAUGUGUUGGUCCCAGUUUGGCUACGCAGCAUCGCCAUGUUUUCUGCCUUGAUGCAAAUAAUACAAAAGUCCCUUACAGGAUAUGCAGUGGACUCCAGAGGCCCAGCCCCAUGAGGAAUUGCUCCACAGAUGCCUGUGCCCUCUACUGGCAUGUAGGCCAGUGGACACAGUGCACCGCCACCUGUGGGCGUCAUGGUUUCCAGUCACGCCAGGUGACCUGUGCGCACCGUCGUACUGGAAAAGCAACACGAGAACAUCACUGCAUGUGGAGGCCUCGCCCACCGAGCUGGCAGCGGUGUAAUAUUUUGUCCUGUGGGAGAGCAGGAGACUGUCGGGACAGCACGAGGUACUGCGAGAAGGUCCGACAGCUGGAGCUUUGUCCACUGCCUCAGUUUAAGAAUCGCUGCUGCCACUCAUGCAGCAACACCUGAGGUGGGGGAUAGAAGAAGAGGGAUUAUGACAACCGUAAGAAGGCCAGGGAGGAUGGUCAGAAAGGAACUUGAAACAUCUGUGCCCUCCUGUCUCCGCCCAUAUCUGUCUCCAGUGCUCAAGAGGGAUCAUGAGUGUGAAGGGACAUUUGGGUAGUUAGACCUUGAACGAGUAUCUCCAGUUUUUUUGGAUUUUAAUUGCAAAGCGUUGAGAGGGGUGGCGUUACUGUUGAAAAGAAUUACUUCUCGAGACUGUUGGGUUCCUUUGAGAGCACAAAAAUGACCACAACCUUAACAUUUUCUGAUGUAGCAACUCUGCAGUUUCCCAAAGAAACUGAUUAGUUAUGCUGCAACACUCAGUUUUGUAAUGAAUAUACUCUCUUUUUAAUUGGCUGACUUCACACCAGUGGCUCCUGGGAUUUUCCAGUGUUUGGAUAAUCACUGGAUCGGUGGUAUUUGCUAUUAUUGCGAAACAGCAUUGAUUGAAAGUUAAUGCUAGUUGAUAUUUUCUAACUAUGUCUUGGCAAACUCUGUUUAUCUUAAUGGUGAAAUGUUGCACAAUGAUGCAAAUACACAGGAAGUAAACAAUAAUUAAAAAACAAAAACAAGAAAGAUGGUUAGGUGGUUGUUUAAAAUGCAUAAAGUGCAAAAGGAAGACAGUGUAAGGAUUCGUCUUGUUUGGGUUGCACUAUGGAGGAGCAUGAUUGAAGCAAGUCAAAAAAAGUUUUUUUUGCACUCAACUCAUCCAAGUCCUCGUUAAAAACAAGGCUUGUAGAGUUUAGCUUUAAUUUUGUAUAGUUACAUUAUUUGUAUAUUUUGGCUUUUCUGUGUCCCUUUAACCACUUUGUGGCGUUACAGCAGCGGUGAGCUUAAGAUGUGAGCUUGUAUAACCUGAUAUUUGACAUAAAAAACAUCAUAUUUGACAGCUCUUGCGUACUCUCCUCCCUUGGAAAUGUUGCAAUAUAAGCGCUGUUUAACUUAAAAUGUGUAAAUAUGACAUUUGGGUAAUGUUUGUGAUACUCAGUUACUUUUUGGAGGAACACAAGUUUCAAUACAUACAGUACUAUAAACAGAGUUUGCACUUUUGACAUAAUGUCCUGGGUUAAACAUUACAUUUUCAUCACAUCCAACACAAGCCUUAGAGGGGCUCUUAUAACGGUGUGUUUGAUUUCAUAAGAGAAAAAGCAUCAUUAACAUUUACCUAAGCUCUUAAGUUAUGUAGAUAUUUUGUUGUUUCUUUAAGCUAUUUAUUUUCAAGUGUGUUCCUGUGCAUAGUUUUGUAAAUAAUGAAAGGGUUGGGUAUUCAUUCAAGUACAGUUUUUAUUGGUAUUUAAUGUGCAUGCAAUGGGUACCCUCUGCUGGUGACUCGAUGUGUUGCUCUCUGCUCAUGCCUGGUUCAUUGUGAAAU